AUGUCCGAGUCCAAGGCUGGAGAAUUCGUCGGCUCUCUUGACUGUGGAACCACCUCCGUUCGGUUCAUUGUCUUCGACAAACAUGCUAAUAUCGUCAGCGAGCAUCAGCUCGAGUUCCCUCAAUACUAUCCGCACCCUGGUUGGCACUCUCAUGACGCGGACGAGAUUCAGCAACAUGCCAACCUGUGUAUCGAGGAGACUAUGAAGAAAUUGGCUGCCGACGGAUGGGCUUCCGACAGUGUCAAGGUUAUCGGUAUCACCAACCAACGCGAAACCGCGGUCGCUUGGAGUCGAAAAACCGGCAAACCUCUCUGCAAGGCUAUCGUCUGGACCGACUCGCGUACAAAGAACGUUGUGGCGCACUUUGAGAAGAAGUUGGCAGAAACCGGGAUCGAAGUUUCGCCUGGCGAAUGGAAGAAAGGGCCUGAUGCCCUUCGCGAGAUUACUGGACUGCCGCUCUCCACUUACUUUUCAGCUAUCAAACUCCGCUGGAUGAUCGACAAUCACCCCGAGGUUGCUGCUGCUCAUGAGGCCGACGAACUGGCCUUCGGUACCGUCGAAUCCUGGGUUCUCUACAAUCUCCUUGGUGGCGCUUCGACAAACAUCCACCUUAGCGAUCUCACCAAUGCUUCCCGCACCCUCCUUCUCAACACCAAAACGUUGCAGUGGGAGAAGCCUCUUUUGGCUUUCUUCGGCUUCCGCGAGUCCAUCCUGCCUAAACUCGUCUCCACAUCCGAGGUAUAUGGCAAGAUUGAUGCUGGCGCUCUGAAAGGCGUCCCUGUUGCCGGGCUCGUGGGUGACCAACAGGGUGCUCUUGUUGGCAACAAAUGUCUAGCCCAAGGAGAAGCCAAAUGCACAUAUGGCACUGGCGCGUUCCUUCUAUUCUGCACCGGCGGAGAUAUUGUACAAAGCAAGCAUGGUCUCCUAAGUACGAUUGCAUACCAAGCUGGACCAAAAGCCAAGCCAGUUUACGCGCUCGAGGGCUCUAUUGCCGUUGCGGGCAGUGCGAUUAAAUGGCUGCGCGACGGAGUGUCAAUGAUCCGGUCCGCUGCUGAGGUGAACGACCUAGCGGCGAAAGAGCCCAACUCUGGUGGAUUGUACUUCGUCACAGCCUUUUCUGGUUUGCUCGCUCCCUACUGGGACCCUGGCGCAGCAGGAACCUUGAUUGGCAUCUCCCAAUACACGAACCCUUCCCAUAUUGCGCGCGCAACAUUGGAAGCCAAUGCAUACCAGACCCGUGCCAUCGUCGAAUGCAUGUCGCUCGAUGCUGGGACGGACCUCAAGCAUCUCAAGGUCGACGGCGGGAUGACAAAUGGCGACGUCGCGAUGCAGGUGCUCGCCGAUGUCGGGGGUUUCACGGUUGUUCGGCCUGAAAUGCGCGAAUCGACCGCGCUGGGCAGUGCGCUUCUUGCGGGUGCCGCAAUUGGCUUGUUUGGAUGGGACUUGACCAAGCCCGAGUCGCUGGCGGAGGUGAACACGAAAGGCAGUCGGGAUUUCACGCCGAACUUGAAUAUCGCUGAGAGGCAGAAGGGCUGGGAAGGCUGGAAGCGUGCAGUGGAGCGGUCUAAAGGAUGGGAGGAGGGCGUUGACACGUAA